UAGUGCCAGUGACUUGUGUGUGUUGGCAGCAGUGAUAGUGAUGUUAACACUAGUGAUAGUGGCAGCCCUGCUGGCUGUCACGACAGCUGAUAGAGGGGGUGGCUUGAAUUCAAAUGUUCCUCGUACCAGACUGAGUCAGCAAUGUGCAGGAGUUUGUAAAGAUAGUGCUAAAUUCAGUCUGACGCCUGGCUGGACUUAUGUGUACAACUAUGAGGGAACGUCCACCUCGGAAGUGGCCGGGUCGAGCAACGAGACAUCGCAGAUUAGAAUACUGGCGAAGGCUCAUGUCACCGUGUCAUCUCGGCCAUGUGAGCUGAUACUGACUGUGCGAGAUGUCGAACUACUUGACUCAGACAAGGAUGGCUUAAGUCCCGCAGAUGGUCAGAAGCAGUUUGCAGCGGAGCUGGAGCAGUUUCCGCUGAGAUUCAGUUUCCAGGACGGUCGCGUAGAGCAGCUUUGUCCAUCAGCUGAUGAGCCGACCUGGACACUCAACAUCAAACGAGGUUUACUCUCCAUGCUACAAAACACCAUGUCAGACUUCACACGGGAGGGACAUUUGUACGAGAAAGAUGUGAGUGGAAGUUGUGAGACGAUGUACUCGGUUUCUCCGAUGAUGUGGAGUGACGUCAAGGUGCUCAAGUACAAGAACUUGCAGAGUUGUAGUGGCAGAAGCCAUCACACCCUGGGACUUCCUUCUAGCUGGACCUCCGGGGCAAAGUCCACUCCGAUAAUCAAAAGUGAACAAAUCUGCGAGCAGACGAUCAGAACAGACAACGGCACUUAUCUGGCUAACUCUCGGUGUCAGGAGAGUCAUGUGUUUGCGCCGUUCUCCAACGGAGCAUCCGGUGUCAGGACCAUCGCUGAGACUGUCUUGUCAUUGGACAGCAUUGAACAACUCGACAAAACCUUUCCUGUUGAUAUUUUUGUCAACAAGAGGACUGGACUGAUGUUUGAGUACAGUCCGGAAACGGAUGAAGCUGCAGUAACAGUUGAUCAGGUUUGGACUGUACUCAAUCAGCUGGUAGCUCAUAGUCAGCUCGGUGUAGACGACAAAGUUCCUCAGCUGUUCAAUCAGUUGGUCACACUACUUGCGAAGAUGGACGACCAACAGUUGGUCCAGUUGUUUGACGAGGUGAGGGACAGCCGUACCAGAGGCUACUUGUUGGACGCCCUUCCACUGCUGGGCUCGUCUGGUAGUGUGUGGGCGAUGUACCAGAUAUACAUGUCCGGGGAAGUCACCAGGGCAGAGGUCGACCAGUGGCUCUCGGCUCUGGCGUUCCAUCAACAACCAUCGCUGGAACUGGUCGACAGACUUGCGCUGUUCACGACAGAUGAUUACCAACCGAGGACCUGGCUAGCAGCUGGUGCAAUCAUACAUUCUUACUGCAAACAUGACCCUGAAUGCAAACAAAGACGUGAAGUUCAGACCGUCUUGGCAAAAUUUGAGGCGGUUCUAGGUCAGUCGUGCCAAUCCGACAACAGCGAAGAACAACAACGGAUGAUCGUGGCUCUCAAGGCAAUCGGAAACGCAGGAAUCAUCAACUCCAUUGAUACUCUUGAACAGUGCUUUACCAGCACUCCCAACCCCGUAGAGGUCCGGCUUGCUGCGGUUGCUGCUACACGCAGAAUGAGUUGUGGACAAGUGUCUCGGCUACCUCUGCUGCGGCUACUGCAGGACAAGAGUGAAGACUCUGAGCUGCGUAUUGCUGCAUACCUGGGUGUGCUGCAGUGUCCCACCACCUCCGCAGUGAGCAGGCUACGAGACGUGCUGCACGGCGAGGACACAAAUCAAGUUCUCUCAUUUAUUUGGACCCAUCUAACGAACCUCCAAGAAUCAGGCAGCCGCUGGAGAAAAGAAGUUCGUCAGAUGUUGCAGGACACUUAUUUUCCCAACAAGUUCAAAACUGACGCUAGGAAGUUCUCCAGAAACUAUGAAAUGUCGGCUUACUCUGACAUCCUCAAUUCAGGAGUGACAGUUGAUUCCAACAUCAUCUUCAGUACCCAAUCUUACCUUCCCAGAUCUGCCAACUUGAAUUUGACCCUGGAUCUGUUUGGAGAAACAAUCAACAUGUUCGAAGUAGGAACGAGAGUUGAAGGUUUUGAGACGGUUGUUGAAAGCAUUUUUGGCCCAAAAGGUCUUUUCCCUGACGAAUCGAUGCAGAAAAUGCUGAAGAACAUGAGAGAAUCCAAUGUAGAGAACAAUGGAGUGAUUGAGACAAUGUCAAAAUCGUUCACCAAAGGAACCAAGAACGAACCUCAAGGAGCGAUGUUUGUCAGAAUUUUGGGAAAUGAGCUCUACCUUACACAGUUUACCGGAUUAGGUGAAUUUAUGGAUUUGAAAUCAGUGAAAAAACAAGGUCUUAAGCACUUGAAGGAAUCUUUGUCAUCCAUUUUCACCAACAAGAAUUUUGACUACUCUAAAUCAUUUAGAUUCCUCAACACAGAGCACGUUAUCCCGACGAUUCUGGGGCUUCCGUUGAAAGUGAAAGUGAACGGUACAGCGUCGGUCGGUAUGAGGUUGAAGACAGAACUAGAUUUUGACAACAUCCUGAAAACAUCUUCAGGGAACAUCGUACUGUUGGCCAACCCCAGUGCUGCCGUAGCUAUUGAUGGGAAGAUGACGGUAGACGCUGUAUUUUCUCAAGCCAGUGUUGAAACCAAGGGAUCACUGAGCAGUAACACCUACUUGGAUACAAACAUCAAAGUUGAAAAAGGAAAAGUAAUUGAUGUGUUUGUAAAUGUUCCCAGAGAUAAAGUUGAAAUAAUAAAUGUCACUUCUGCGGUUUAUGUGAAGAAACGAGAUCAGUUGGUGGAAAUAGAAGGAGUGGGUGAAGUGAGUGAGCAAGACACAUGCUCAGGAGUUCACGUACCGACAUUGAGCGGAAUGAGGGUUUGUACCCAGUAUGUGCUGAGAAAUGCUUCAGCCAUUGAAGAUUCUCCGUAUUUCCCCUUGACUGGAAAGUUCCAGUACGCCUUAGCUCUGCAGAAGUCUGAUGAUUUUGAGUUCUACCGAUUCCAUUUGAAGCAAAACUUUAAUGCAUUAGCUGAUGCCAACGCACACUUUUUAAGGUAUUACACGGGAGAUUUUGAGAUAGAGAUGGACACACCCGGGUCCAAGAUAAACAGAAGAUUAGCCGCUGAGUUGUUUUUUGACUCAAAGAACGGAAAUGCCAAACUGCAGCUGGAAAGUCCGGCAGGGAGUGUGGAGUUUUCUGGGAAACUUUCUGUCGAGGGCGCUUCCAGAGAGGCGGAACUAGCGGCCAAAGUGAACGGAGAAGAUUACGUAGCCUUGAAAGUGGGCUUGCGAUCGAAGAGCGAAGCAAAUAACAUCAUGCUGGUGCCAUCGUUUUUGCUGCAAGUUGUGCCAAGGAAUCUCAACGUCAAUGUUACUGGGCACUUUGAGAUCGAGGAAGGGAGUCGGUACAGCGGUGCAUUCUCGGCUGAAGGACUCACUGAACAAGCUAUUGAAGUUCAAGGAGAUGUUAAUGGAGCCAAGGGACGGUACUCUGGCUACCUGGCAGCCAAGAUGGGCAAAGUUUACGGGAAGGUGAACACUAACAUCGUCAACACCGCGGCAGUGACCAGCUGUAAGACACAGGUCCGCUACGUACUGCCAGGACGAUCUUCCCAGAGCGUAGACUUCACUGGGAAACUGACCAACCACAAGCGCGGCGGCUUCACUAAGAAACAGCUGAUGGUUAAUCUACAAAUGAGCCAAGCGCCCCAAUACAACACCAAGGUCGGUUGGAUCCUGUACAGAACCAAGAUGUACGUGGACAGCAAUGUGGACUUGACUGUGGGCAAGACUCAAUGGAAGAGUCAACAGCUGUAUCACAACAACCUGCAGACGACCAACAAGACGUUUGAAGUCAUCCUCAGCCUAGAGUCGCCCAGCAAAAACCUGGACUACAGAGCUGAACUGCAGUAUAAGACGACGGAUGACAGUGUCCACGGCCACGCACUGGCGCAGCUCAGUAGCACCAAGAGGUUCCUGGCGCGCGCUGACUACUCUGACAAACAGCCCCGGCGCACCGUGCAGCUAGAGGCUGCCAGCCCUUGGAACCGGGCGGCGCUGGAGACGGAACUGAUCACAGAACCGGCGCAGGGAGUCAACUGUUACGCCAAGAUGACGUGGGGCGCGGUGGAGAUGCCGAGAUGGAUCUCUGCUACUGGCAGAUACCUGUUUGAAGAGACCCCUCUUAGUGCUACAGUAAUGGUUGAGGGGAAGGUUGAAGUGAUUGAUUGGACGGACCCGAUAGAAUUUACUGGGUUAUGGAGAGCCAAGGUUCAAGACGGACUAAUAAUCAGCGAAAGUGGAGUCACUGUGUUCGUCAACAAGGAGAAAUACUCUGUGGAAGUCGGUUACGUGAAAAACUCAUUAAAAGGAAAAAAUGAUAUAGAGGUGAAGUUAAAUCUACCCGACAACUCUUACAAAGGAAACUUCCUUCUGGUCAAUAAUCAGGAGAGAAAGAAUGUCACUGUUCGAUUGGAUUUGGAAAAGACUUUGUACUUCACAACUCAGUUGCAGCUCUGGAAAGGAUUUGAUCUUCAGUUAUUCUGGGAUUACCUCGAGGACAGGACCCAGUCUGUAGUGGUACAGUACAAGACUUCUCCUAGAUCUGAAGUAGCGGUCGUUUCCAUGCCGGGCCACUACGCUUCCCUCACUGUGGAUAAACUAGCACCUGGGUUUUCCUCGAUGAACAUAACAGCGAUGUGGGGAGAGAGCGAAGGAUCUGCUACCAACGCGAUCCUGUUGUCUUCCUUCUGGAACUUCAAGAUGUCGUCUGUUUAUCAUCAGACUCUAGGAUACGUAGCCAUGCCACUCGUACAGGCUAAUAUUCACCUUACAACUCCGUUUGUGGGCUUCGAACAACAGAGUUUCAAACUGAAUGUCAACAGCGUAGAAAAUCCUGAAAUGAGUCAUCCGGAAUAUUCUUUCGUCAGAGAAUUCAAGGUAGAAACAAAGUGGCAACAACAGUUUGUUGAUUUUGACUUCACCCAUGAAGCAAGAUCCAAACAAACUUCACUGUCGAAUGCUUACACAAAAAUUCACCUUUUACAACAAUCGUUGACGUCAGUGUCGUGUUCAGUGGACUCGUCGUUGGAAGCUCUGAGGGAAGUGUCUGUAGUGGGUUCGGUUCAAGAUCAGCAGGAAUUUUCAGACGAUGUAAUGACACAUAGUGAAAGGAAUCAUAGCUUGAAUGUGACUUACAACAAUUGGGUUUUGACAUCAAACUCUACGUACACUCCUGGAGAUCUGAACGUGCUUGUUGGAAUCAGCGACAAAGAAAAAGAAGAGACCGUCAUGUCAGGGCAAAUCUCAGUUGGUGACAAUUCAAUCAUUGUUCAAUCGUCUUUCUCACCCAACAAGAAAGUGUCAUUCAGAAGCACAUACAGUUGGCCGUACCAUAUCGCUGCAAGUCUUGAGACACCCUUUGCAGGUUUCGAGAAGUCUAACAUCCAGCAUGAUUUUUACGUAGAAGAUAAUGGGUUGCAAACAAGACUGGUUGGAGAGGUCGGAAAAGAGUUUUUCACAUUCUCCACAAAUUUGCUCAAGACUCAAUCAACCUUAGAAGGAAACGUAUCUAUUUCUUCAUCUUCAGAGUUACCAGACGUGCACGCUAGAGUGGAACAUGAAAUUUACAAAGAUGAUCAAAAAACCUCUCUGAAAGAGGCUUUUGCGGUCACUCUAAGCAAAGGGGACAAAGUGCUACAUAGCAGUGGCCUUUUGUCUUUAGUUGACCUCAGAGAUUCUUCAUCCUCAAACACAAAACAUUUGAAAACAUUAAUAAUUUUACCUGGACACUUGUCGAGCUUCAACUACUCUCUAAACACCCAAGUGAAGACAACCGGUGUGGAGAAGAAUCAUGAACUGAAUCUACUUUGGAAUAGUGAAAGAAUGCAAGUGGGAUUAAUUCACGAAGGUUUACAUUCUCUCGCUGGAUUUGUAAAAAGAAACAAUGACAAAAAAGCUGAACUUUCUUUCAAAAAGCACUCCAACUCCAAUUACAAAAUGGACUUAUACUUACAUGGCGGCUACUCGAUCAAACAUCGGUUAUUUUUCCCCAGCUACACAAACUGGGAAAAUUUCUUGGCUGUUACUUCUCCCACGGGCAAAUUGAUAGUGAAGAAUUUGCAAACGUUGAAUGGAGACAGGACAAGUUUCGUACACAAAACCACUAUAUCUUUGAACAAAGAAGUUGCUUAUGUAGAUUUUGUCUAUAAUCUCGACUCUAAGUCAAUGAAAGUUCAAAACGCCUUGUUCUCCACGACUACUCCAUGGUACAAUCCUGUAGUAACUAAGUAUGAUCUGGUGGUCGAUACUGGAGCAACAACCAAGCACGAGUUUGAGCUCAAGUAUAAACAAGGACAGGUAAUAAAAGGAGUAUUUGACAUUACGGUCUCGGAUAAAAAACACUCAGCAUCAUUCAAUCUGUAUUCACCCUACUGCAAAGACCUUUCUGGUAAGGUUAGUUUUGAGAACAAUCAAAUUGAAUCGAGAGGAAGUUUUGUUUUGAAUGCAGAUGGAAAACAACUCAACGGUGAUCUUCAGCUAGUCAAAAACUGGAUAAACCCUCAGUUCUCAGUUAGCCUUGAUAGUUCCAAUGAGAACAUAAUAAAAGUUACUUGUGGUUACAAUUUAGGUAAUAUUAAUAAAAAUGAAGGCAUCAUUUUGAGACAUCAUUUUGAAGCCUCAUAUUACAAUGAAAAUAUAACUCUUGAAGGAAUCCACUCAUUCACUAAAGAUUCCCUAAAGAUUGAUUUGAAUGCAGAAACACCUAUUAUAGGCUGGAAAUCACUCUCGUUUGGUUUUGACUCAAAGUUGUCUCGACAGUAUUCAAUGUUUGUACUGAAUGGUAAGAAGGAUGAAAUUUCCUUUGUGUUAUCUGGAACUGGAUCUUUCCAAAGUGAUCUGGUUAAAGUCAGUGCCUCGAUUGACUACUCAAUCGACAAAGUGCCCCAAAAGCAUUCGACUUUGUUUGAAUACAACAGAGGUAGAGAAAGUUUGUUUGUUUCAUUCAAUUUCCAGAGUAAUGAUGCAAACUUAAUAGACUUUAAUAUUAAUCUCUUAAAAGAGCCUAACACUGUUGAAAAUCAAGAUUCAUAUUUGUUUACUUACAAAGCGCAAACUCCGCUGGAAACACUCCCGGAUUCUGAUGUGGAAAUGAGAUUUAUCAAAAAUGGAAAAGCUCAGAAGAUAACCGGGGAUUUCAACAUAAAUAACGUUAAAACUACAUUCAAGGGAGAAAAUACGUUCGACAGCUCAGGAAUCGGCUAUUUAGACAUAAAGGUUAACACUCCUGAUAGUAGAGUUGGAUUUUUGUUAAAACAUACACGUGGUGAUGAUCAAGAUGAUUCUUAUUCCGUACAGAUUAUUAAUAAUAGUGCAAUGUACAUUAAAGGCACCGUCACAAUUCUGAACGUGGAGAAAGGAUUGUGUAUAAUAUACAGUCUUAUGUCGUCUGUAGAAACUUUCGGUGAUAUCGAAGGAACUACUGUUGUGAAGCCAGGUAACAGUUCAUAUAACUUUACUAGCUCACUUACUGUUAACGGUGACAACUCAAAUAUCUCAUACAACGUAUCAAUCAGUGAAAGCGAUGAAGAAAAAACCAAGCAUGACCUGAACGUAUUGGUAAAUUUCAGAGGUUUAGAAACUAAAUUUCAAGGGGACUUGGAAUAUAAAAGUGUUAACUCAGAAUUGGUUCAGUUGAAAGGACAAAUAACUGAUGGGAAAUCAGUAAGCAGCAUUAACUAUGCAAAAUCUUCUUUUUCAGAAAGGAGUUUCGAAAUUGAUUUGUCGGAUAUACUCAAGAUUUCAGGUGGACAAAAUGACUCCGGUUCAACCUUAUCUUUGAAAACAAUUGAAACCGAAUCCAUCCCAAACUUUUGUCUUGAUUUGGCAAUAUAUAAUGUUGGAAUUUCAUUUAAAACCGAAAGUAAAUUUGUGGGUAAAAUUUAUUUCAAGGCCGAGGUUAUUGAUGUGAAAAAUCUCUCCAUCUCUACAGAAUUAAACAGUGUUAAGGUAAAUGGUGUUCUACAUGUUGUACCAAGUGAUUCGGUCAAUUUAAAAGUGACGAGUAAUAUUCCUCAUUGGAGUGAAUUGAAUAUCUUAGUCAGACAAAGCAAUAUUGAUUAUAAUAAGAAAAACUAUGAAAUCAAUGUUCGCAAGGAAAAUCAAGAGAUAUUUAAUCUGAACGCUGUAGGGAAUUUCAACCCUUCGCAAGGAAACGGCAUUCUCUCAUUAACAAUGCACAAGUUCUUUAUCAAUUUAGAAUUAAAUUAUGAAUUUUCUUCUUCUUUCUCGCUUGGUUUGAACUACAAUAUCAAUGGAAAUAAACAACACACUGAAGGGAAACUCACUCUUUUGCCUGAUUCUGCCAGACUGGACUUAGCAACUCCAAUAAAAGGGCUUGAAGAUUUAACGUUAAUUAGUACUUUGAACAGGAAAAAUAAGAAAAUUGGACUAGUCAUGGAAAGAAAUGGAAAAACUAUCACAGCGGAAAUGUCUACAACUGUCGAAGGUCAAAGAGUUAUUUUGAAAGGUACAGUUACUGAUGGGAAGGACGAGUUUGCAUUCUCGAUCGGAGCCCAAAACGGAACAGCUGAUGAGCCCAAGUCAGCCUCAUUCUACAUUACCGCGUUCAAAAACAAACUGGCUGUUCUUAUGAUAUCUUUGGAUGGUUCAUACGAUCUUGUAACAAGGGCUGGAAUAAAAUUCUCAUUUUCAUCCUACUUCUACAAGCAAAUUUAUUUUGAGAUUUCGUCACUUAAGGAAGAACACAACCAAACCUUUUUAAUCAACUAUAUGUUUGGCAUUGAUACUGCUUAUUCCCUAAAAUCUACCAUUGUCAAAAAAUUGUCUAGUCCCAAACUACUCAUCGAAUCCAACUUUGGACCUCAAAAUACAAUAAUUGAUAUCAGUUAUGAUAUUGGAAGCCCAGUAAAAGCUGUUUCCCUGAUGUUCAGUCAUGAUGAUAAGCUGUUUAAUAUUGUCGGGAAUGUUUCCUGUACAAACCUGAAAAGCCAAGUGGUGUUAACUUGGAAAAAUGAAAAUGUUUUGAAUGGUUUGAAGGACUUGAAUAUUUUGGGAAGUUAUGAUUUCGAAGAUAAGUCAUUGAUCGAUGCUUUGAUCAAAGUGAAUGGUGUAAAAUAUUUCGAUCUUUCCUUGAAGAGCUUGACCCUCUAUGAAACUAAAUUCCAAUCAACUCUCGUCUCUAACAAGUACAUUAAUAAUUCAUACCACCUCAACGUGGAUUAUAACUUUGCUCUACCAGAUUUCAGUGUGUCUGCCCAUGUAGUAUUAAAUGAAGAAUAUUACAAAAGUAAUGCCAAUCUAACUUGGAACGAUUCAGCUGCUAUAGUCUUCUACCAGCUUCACACGAAUGCAGGCUACGGGUUUGAGAAAGCUGUAAUGUCGGCUCAUUACAUAACUAGUGGAACUAGCUUCUCACAUUUCAUAGAUUUCACUAUUGAUGACUCAACUUUGUUCCAUUUAGCUUCAAACAUAUCACAACCGAACAGAUUUUCUUUAGACAUCAUAUUACCUGACUCUCUAUUCCUACCGUUUGUGAAAGAAAUAAGCACUAAACUAAUUUUAACAGAAGAGGAAAAGAAGAUUGUAUUUAAGUACUUGUCAGGUUCACAAGAGAGGAGAAAACUCGACUUGGCUAUUUUAGUGAAAGGUCAUCAAUGUAUGGUGCAUGUGGGUCGGUCUGAAAUCUACGAAGAAGGAAAUCUGCAAGCUGACCGUUUCAUAUUUUCUUACAAACUAUUGAAAAACAUAUUGGAGUUUGAAACUUCCAUGAUUUGGGAAAACAACGAGCUGUUUACUGUAUCUUUCACCAAAGACUUAUUGUGGGGUUUGAAUGGAGUCGAUGCACUUCUCAGUCCUGGUGGCCGACAUAUUUGGCGGGUCGUUUUUGUGAGUAAAGACUUUUUUGAGUUUUCAGGAGUUGUCAGUGGAAACCAAAUUCAAAUAGUCUUCACUCACCCUUCCACCAUUUACCACAAACAACUUGGCAUUACCAAGUUUGCGUAUGCAAGCAAAAUUGAAGAAUUUGAAAUGUUCAAAAUUAAUUAUAAUUUAGGUGACGUAGUUCGCAGCGAAGUUAAUUUUAAUAGUCCCAAGGCUUUUGUGAUGAACCUUUUAAAUAAAAGAGAAAGUUAUGGAACGUCUGCUAGCUAUGAGGUCGUACACCAAACUGGAGCUUACCAUGGCAAAGAGGAAGGUCUCUGCGAAGGUGCCAAGCUCACCGCUUCAAAAGUCACAUGUGAUACGUUGCACUACAAGUUGUAUCAAACAAAUACUGAUAAUCCUUUAAGCCUCCACAUAAAAUUUAACUGGGUCACAUCACAGCUAAAUGGUAUUUUUUCAAAAGGACAGCAAACUUAUAGAUUCGGUGGUAUGGCAAAUAUCAGCACAAUUGAACCGAUGUGUUCGGGUCUAUCAAUGUAUUUCAAUUCAUCAGCUAGCCCGUCGACACCAUUCAUUCUUAAAUACGAAACAAACUGUAUGAACUCACUGAGCGCUUCACUCAAUCUAUUCACAAAGGAUGCAAUGGCUCUGAAUGUAGUUUAUGGUUCGAAUUACACGAACAAAAGCCUUUAUAUUCAAGGAUAUAACAUAUAUUAUACGCAAUGGAACAUUUCUGGAGUCCUAAAUAACGACCGGAAUGGCAACGUAGAUAUUAAUCUAGACAAAAAUAACAUCAAAGUCAGUUUUCUACCAAAUUUACUGAAUAAGAUGGUGUUCACUGUGAGAACCACUUAUAAUGGACUAAGAAAAUUAGAGAUCUCACUCAAAGAUAAAACUGCAAAUAAAUUUUUUGUUCAAGACGAGUACUUAGUAGCCAACUUCAAGCUCGAAGGAUCAAGGACAGACACCGAAUGGAACUGUGAAUAUAAACAUUUCAGAAACAACACUGUUAUAUUCAAUGUUGUAUCUAAUGAAAACCUGGCAUUUUACCUUGAAUUUGAAAAGGGUAAAGAGAUUUCUUUAAAAGUAAACAAAAAUGGUCAACUGUAUGAGGGUAAAGGCUCAAUAGAAAAUUCAAACGAAAAUAAACAAGGGGGUGUAAUAUUGUCACUAGAUGGACACCAAUAUGAAUUGAAUUUUGAACAUUUAACAACAGAAGAAGGCAAAAUUAAUUCUUCAAUAACAUUUGACACUCCAUUUGAUCAAUACUUUGCUAAACUUUGUAUUCAAACAAAAUCUGGUUUACGGUCAUUAAAAUCUAUUCAAUUUAUGUCACUUCAAUACAAAACACCAUAUUAUCCCUUUGACUCAGGUGAUAUUGAAGUGGAAUAUUACGUCAAACCUGUUCUGUCCGAACAAGUGAUUUCACUUGAAGAGUUUAAUUUCUCCACUGAGAAAGAAGCAAGAUACGAACUGAGCUACAUUGAAUUGAUGUUUAAGCUUAGGUUGAAAACAAACGAUAUAAACAUUGAAGAUGCACUUAUUGCUGUAACCUUUGGUGACAAGUACAGCAUGAAUGUGAAGCUCGAUGGAAUUCAUCUGAAACUUGACACACUUCUACUGAAUGACUUUAAAACGUUGGCUAGCCAAACAGACCUUGAAAUCGAGGGAAUUGAUCACCCUUACCUGAAUGGAAUGAAAGGAAAAUCAUUUUUGAAAAUAUAUUUAAAUCCAAAAGAAUACAAAGUGAUAGCUCUGUUGAGAUGUCCAUUGGUUGAAACUGUGUUGGUCACCUCGGAUUCUCUAAGAGAUAGCAAUAAUUUACUGCGAACAGCUCUUGUAGUUUAUGGAAAAGAAACUAUAUUAAAAUUUGACACUAAUGUGGUAUCUGAUGGAAUUGUUGGAUCAGAAAAUGAUGUCUUUGUACAUCUGUACUCCCAAUGGCAGAAUAGAAAUAUACUGGAGUUUAGAUUGGACAUCAAACAGUCAGAUAAUACACUUUCAAAAAUUAAUUUUGACAUUGAUUCUGAAUUAUUAGAGCUUAAAGCCAGAUAUAGUAGUGAAGAAUUAGAUGGUGUUUUGACUAAGUCUUUGAAAUUUAAUGUAAAUGAAACCUAUUUAGGUUCUUUUAAUCCUGAAGUUGUCUUCAAACGCCAAAUUGACAAACACUCAUACAUGGAGUACAGCUUGGAUUUCACAAAUGGAUUCUUGCAUGAAAACUACCUAUGGAAAGGAAGAGGUAAUUUAAAAAUACCAGAUCUCAGUUUAUUUUCCAUCGAUACUAAACCUUCUAUUGUCGCUGAUAUUUCGGUGGUGUCAAAGUCUGUCCAAUAUGCAUCAGUGAUUGAGGUACUCUUCAAACGGAACAAAUUAGAUGCUUCAGUUAAGUGGAAGAGAUCUGUUAGACCAGCAAAUCAAGAUGAUGAUCAGCAAUUUUCAUCUUUGUUAUUCGGAGGGGAGAUUCAGAAAAACAGUGCCGAGUUCUAUUUAAAUAAUAAUAGAUUUUUCGGUUCCAUAGAAAGUACAAAAUCUCAAACAUCUAUUAGCGUCAAUCUGGUCAAUUCCAAUCUCAACAAGAAUAUCACAGUACUUGCGAGUGUACAGUUCACCCCUGUAUUUUUGAUGACAGUGUCACACACAGUUUUUGAUAGUCCCUGUUCUGUUGAAAUAAAAGUAAGUAGAAAGCCUCAGUACAUAGAAUCAGCUGUGAUAGUGGAAUACAACAGUCUUAAACAACAAGCUUACGUAAAUGUAUAUUUGGACAAGAAUCCCCGGUCUAUUGAACUCGUUUACAUUGAUAUUUGGCAGCAAAUACAUCAAGUAUCCGGCCAGGUUGAGGAAAAAGACGAAGAGAUGACUAUUAAAGGAACAAUAAAUUCACCUGCAUUGGAUGAGAAUUUUGUAAUAAUCAACGUUGGUAAUAAAAAUGACAAGUUUGACCUCAAUUUGAGUGACAUGGCAAUCUUCAAGGCAUUUAAAGACGAUGAAUCCUUACUUCUUAAUCUUUUGAUUUUUGGCAACGACUACAGAUUUGAUUUCAAAAACAAAAGUGGAGUCAAUGAAUUAACUUUAGAAUCUCCAAUUUUAAGUGGCAAUGUCAUCUUCUCACUAAACGAAACUUUGUUUAAAUCGUUUGUCACAGGUAAUGUUCAUUUCCAUUCAUAUGAUUUCAUUCUUGACAUGAACAAAAACCAACUCUUCAAUAUGUCAAUUGAAAAUGGAACAACAAAUAUUUUGAAUGCCAUAGUAGAGUUUGGAAAUAGCAAUGGUGUUGUCCAAUUAAACAUAGAAUAUAAUUAUUUCAACCAAAUUAACAAACUAAAUUUGAAGCACACUUCUGAACCAGUUCUUUUUGUUUUGUCUGUUAAUAGCUCAUUCUAUCUUAGCAAAGGCUUUGAAAUAAUGCUCGGUCUAAAGAAUGAAGAAGUUAUUACUGGAAUUUUUGAAGUAACACAUGAAAGGCCUUUGUUGAAGAGCUAUCUUGUCUUGAGUAAAGAAAAUAGAUCUCUGGAGAUGACUGCUGAAGCCCCUCUUUACUCUGAGAUGGACAAAGCUAAGAUCAACGGUGUUUUCAAGUUUGCUGAAGCCAGUGACUGUGAAGUACGACUGUCAGGUGCUUUAUCGUCUGCUGAAACACUUAUGGCUCAUGUUUCCCUUCACUUGAUAAACAGAGAAGAUAUUUUCUCCUCUGGAUUGAUUAUCAAAAAUAAGUUAAACAACUUCAAAGGUGUUGAAAUAACAGUUGAUAUACCACUUCAGUUUUCACGAGACAUGAAAGCCAAUUUCAUCGUUCAACUGCCUUAUCACAAGUCUUACGAGUUCACUUCUUCUCUAUGUAUCAGUGAAAAUAAAGUAGCAAGUUCUGCUUUUUUGAAGUGGCAAGAGUUUAUCUAUUCAUUGGAUUACGUUUACGGCGAUACUCCAUUUUACGCAGCGUCCUACGAAUGGAAUAUUCACUAUUUGGACAAGAAAUUGCAAGUUGGUGCUUGGAUGAAACCCAAAUAUCCACUAACCGACUACAUCUACUUUGUGGACCUCGAUGAACACCGUUUGGUGCAGCUAUCUCACGCGCUUUUACUUCAGAACAACCAUUUCAAGAGUAAACUUGUUCUUGAAUCCAUUUUUAAAGGCUAUGAAAAGUACGGAAUCGAUCUGGAGCUUCAAAACUUGAAAUCUGGAAAAAUAGUUAAGUUGCUUGGAAGUGCUCCUCAAAUCGGAACAGAUCUCGGUGUUGACUUUGCCUUUACAUAUGAAAGCUUGUUACAUUAUGCUGUAUUAGCUCAAGUAAGAUUUCCUUAUGAUAAUCAAGUAAAAACUGCUAAAAUGACAUCCCUUCAAAAAAUUCAAAGAAAUGUAAACUAUACAAAAAUAAAACACUCUCUUGAAUGUGACGAUAUCGGAGCAGUCGGGUGGGAGUUUGAAAUGUUUGGAUCAGCUCCUUUCUUCUGGCAAGGAGACCUUUCAGCUCUUGAAACCAAAGUGUCUUUCAAAAAUGCCACAUACUCGGCCAAGAUCAAAUCUUAUCUUCAGCCUGACAGACUUCAAGUAUCCUGUGUUUUAGAGGCACCACUUGUUAACUUCCAAAAAGGGGAACUGCAUAUAUCAGGAACUAAAGAGUUAGUUGGGUCUGAACUAGUGUUUUCCCUCAACUCGAAUGAAGUCGUCAAUGCAACCAUUUCUAAAGACAUGAAAAACAAUAAUAAUAUCAAAAUCUUGAGCAAGUGGAGGAAUUUACUGUUCACUUACUUGUAUGAAGUGAAUGACGAAGAACUGGGAGUGAGUGGGUAUAUUUGUUGGGACCUGAAUAGAAAAGACCUCUCUCAACUAGGGUUGUCGGUUGCUAAAAAAACAUCUGAAAAGUAUGAAACAUCAACAGAAUUAAUUCUUCCAUCCACUUUAGUUCCAAAACUUGGUGCAAAAGUUGUCUUUGCAAAUAAGAUAAAUGAGCUGUUUACUUUGCUUCAAUUAAACUUACCAAGCAUUUCACUGGAAGGAAAGCUUGCUUGUGAUCAUUCACCUGCAAUGUGGAAAUCAGGCUUCCAGUUGAAGUGGACACCAAACGAUAGUAAUUCUAAAGACAUCGGCUUAUUUUAUGUAAGGGAAGUAAAUGAAGAUGAGACGAAAACUUACUUUACAUUACAACACUUUGCUUUGAAGAACGAUAUCAUGUUAUCGACAUACGUCAAGAAAACCCUGUAUGGUGUAAACCUUCAAUAUUCACCUCUUAAAGAAGAAGAAAUAACUCUAGAACUGAGCCACUGGACUGUUCAAGAUGGAGAUAAAGACCGGACUGGGAUUAAAUUCACUGCUCUACACCCUGCAUCCAAAACUCUUAUUUACAGUUUGGCCAAUGCCACUUCAACUCUUGACUUCUUCGAGGGUGGCAUUUCUGUUGCUUACAGCGGAAAAGAUUAUGAGAAAAUCAAGUACGUCGAGAUAUUUGGAAAAAAGAAUAGGAAAGAGCCGCAAGUUUUCUUGGGUUUCUCAAGCAAUGGAAACACUUUGGGGGUCAGAGGUUCUGUGUGGAAGAAAGAAAACUCUUUGCAAGGAAUGACUCUGGAGGCUAGAGUGAACCAGAACGAUCCUUUCAGAGUAGAAGUUGUCCAAAACCUGGAGAACCCUGGAGUAGAAGCAGAGAUUAGUUACAGCCUCAGUCGUAAGUAUCGAGCUUAUCUUGGAAUGCCAAACAGCAAUGAACUGACAGCCAGCUUCUCACACGGUGUAUGGAAGACCGAACACUGACG